AUGGCAUUCCGCAAGCGCAACAUAGGUGUAUCCCGAACACCGACGUCUCCUGGCGCAGAAGACCUCAUACAGCCGCAUACAGUCCCAGCGCCAGUCCCGGGUGUCCGCCCCUCGCCGAUUGAUGGUCGCCCGACAUCUUCAACCGGAACCCCAAGCCUCGACGGCAUACUCGCAGGCCACGCGGGUCUAGCGUUAGGCAGCUCGCUGCUCAUUGAGGAGAGCGGUACCACGGAGUAUGCAGGUGCACUACUACGGUACUAUGCCGCGGAAGGGAUUGUGCAAGGCCACAAGGUUCAUGUUGUGGAUGUAGGCGAGCAGUGGGGACGAGAUUUGCCUGGGUUGGUUGGUACGGCGGGCGAAGAGAGGGAAGAGAAGGAGAAGAGGGAACGGGACAAAGAGAAGAUGAAGAUCGCUUGGAGGUAUGAGCGGCUGGGGGAGUUUGGGGGCAUUGCGGAGAGAAGAGCGCAACCUGGCCAAGCAGACCGAAACGGUGCGGCAGCAGACGCAGUAACGGCGACAGAUAUCCCAGCCUUCUGCCACACCUUCGACUUAGCAAAGCGCCUCACGUUCCCCGCCGGCACCACCAUCAACUUCAUUCCUCUCACGACCGACCUGCAAUCUUCGCCCUUCGCGCCCAUCCUACCAAACCUCUCAUCCCAGCUCUCCUCAAGCGGUCCAACCACAAUCCACCGCCUUAUCAUCCCGACCCUGUUAUCACCAGCCCUCUACCCACCGCACGCCUCGCAACCCUCCCACCUCCUCCAGUUCAUGCACGGCCUCCGUGCGCUGCUCCGUCAAUUCUCCACCCGCCUCACCGCCCUCAUCACCCUCCCCCUAGAGCUCUACUCCCGCACCUCCGGUCUGGUCCGCUGGAUCGAGCUGCUAAGCGACGGCGUCUUAGAGCUGACGCCUUUCCCGCACCUCAUGGAUAUCGCGUCUUCAGGCGCAGCGACAGCGAACGAGGAGCAGCCGCAGGGCAUGCUGAAGGUGCAUCGGCUGCCGGUAUUCCAUGAGAAAGGCGGCGGGGGAGGCGGGCUGGGCGGACUGGGCGACGAUUUGGCGUUUACGGUCAGUAGGCGGAAGUUUGUGAUUAAGCCGUUUAGUUUGCCGCCUGUGGAGGGGGAUACGGAGGCGCAGCAAGGGCAUGCUGAAGGGGGAGGCUUGGCGAAGAAGGAUAUUGAGUUUUGA